AUGAAACGUCGAAAUGGGGAUAUAUUUACGGUAAUCAAAGCUUUUAAUUGGUUUAAGGGUCCUGAUGUAGAACUGUUCCACUUGUCGAAAGCCUCUAUCAUAUUUGUAGCUGAUACUGGUGCUCACCAACAAUCGGAGCUUAACAUGCAUGCUCUAUCUGAAUUAUUAGAGCUAAAUGAAAAUGUAGGGCCAGUUAUUACUAGCUCUCCUUUGCCUGGAAGGACUCGGCUGAUUGAUCUAAUAAAUCAACUAGAUUCGGAUGACGUGAUUCGUCUGGUUCAUGCGUCAAAGAAGGCCUUUUUUCGUCGGUACAGUCGCCGGGGUCAUUUCCAGCUUAAACCAAAAGAAGCUUUACUUCCAGAUGAUGAAUCUUGA